GAGGUCCAAACAUAUGGGCCAUCACCUCUGAAGAGCGGGCCAAGCAUGACAAGCAGUUUGAUAGCCUUAAACCCAGAGGAGGCUACAUUACAGGUGAUCAAGCACGUACCUUUUUUUUGCAGUCAGGUCUACCAUCUUCAAUCCUUGCUGAAAUAUGGACACUGUCAGACCUGAACAAAGAUGGAAAAAUGGAUCAACAGGAAUUCUCUAUAGCCAUGAAACUCAUCAAGCUGAAAUUGCAAGGCCAGCACUUGCCUACAGUUCUCCCUCCUGUCAUGAAACAAACUCCAGUAUUUUCGCCACUAAUGUCAGCUCGCUUUGGAAUGGGUAGUAUGCCAAAUCUGUCCAUGCCAACGUCUGUGUCUGCGAUCACACCAUUAGCUCCCAUGUCUCUGACCUCCAUGACUUCCAUUCCUCCUUUGGUUAUCUCUGCUCCCCUGGUGCCUUCUGUCAGUACCUCCUCGUUGCCAAACGGAACAUCCAGCCUUCUACAGCCUUUGUCCAUCCCUUUCUCUUCAACACUGCCUCAUACUGGUUCUUUAGGUCCCAUGGCAGGAGGGUUUGGUGGUACUAAUAUACAGAAGGCACAGUCACUAAUCGAUUUAGGAUCUAGCAGUUCAAAUUCUUCCUCUAGUGCUUCACUAGCUGGGAAUUCACCAAAGAUUGCAUCCUCAGACUGGGCAGUUCCUCAGGCCUCCAGAUUAAAAUACAGGCAGAAGUUUAACAGUCUUGAUAAAAGUAUGAGUGGAUAUUUAUCAGGAUUUCAAGCAAGGAAUGCCCUACUGCAAUCAAACCUUUCACAGACUCAGCUGGCUACUAUUUGGUCGCUAGCUGAUAUUGAUGGAGAUGGGCAGCUGAAAGCUGAUGAGUUUGUCUUAGCCAUGCACCUAACUGAUAUGGCCAAAGCCGGACAACCUCUGCCACUAACUCUGCCUCUUGAACUGGUACCACCGUCUUUCAGGAGUGGAAAAUAUACUGAAAAUAUAAAUGGAACUGUGCCAUCUUACCAGCCUGUGCAAGAGGAGGAGCCACAGAAAAAACAGCCAGUGACAUUUGAGGACAAAAGGAAAGCCAACUAUGAGAGGGGAAAUAUGGAGCUGGAAAAACGCCGUCAGCUCCUGUUGGAGCAGCAGCAGAGGGAGGCCGAACGUAAGGCUCAGAAAGAAAGAGAAGAACAAGAGCGAAGAGAGAGGGAACGUCGGGAACAAGAACGGAAAAAACAACUCGAAUUGGAAAGGCAGCUGGAGAGACAACGAGAGUUGGAAAGACAAAGGGAAGAAGAAAGGAGGAAAGAAAUAGAAAGGCGGGAGGCAGCAAAGCAAGAACUUGAGCGCCAGCGACGAUUGGAAUGGGAGAGAAUUCGUCGCCAAGAACUUCUUAAUCAACGUAACAGGGAACAAGAAGAAAUUGUCAAGUUGACCUCUAAAAAGAAGAGCCUUAAUCUUGAAUUAGAAGCCCUGACGGACAAACAUCAGCAGAUCUCGGGCAGAUUACAAGAUAUUCGAAGCAAAAAGGAAAUUCACAAAACUGAACUGGAGGCUUUAGAUAGGAAAUAUGAACAAGGAAUCGUGGAAAUCAAGCAACUACAACAACAACUUCAGGAGCAUCAGAAUGAACUAAUCUGUUUAGUUCCUGAAAAGCAGUUGUUAAGUGAAAGAAUUAAAAAUGCUCAACUUGAAAACACUCAGAGUACGGGACUCGCUUCAGUGCACAAGAAGUCCCUAGAAAAGGAAGAAUUAUGCCAAAGACUCAAGGAACAACUAGAUGCCCUUGAGAAAGAAACUGCUUCAAAACUUGCCGAAAUGGAUGCGUUUAACAGUCAGCUUAAGUGUGAGAAUAUGGAUGAUUCUGUUCUUCAGUGCCUUUUGUCUCUGCUAAGCUGUCUCAACAACCUCUUCCUCUUACUUAAGGACCUGAGAGAAAGUUACAGUACACAGCAGUUAGCCUUGGAGCAGCUCCACAGGAUCAAACAGGACAAAGUACGGGAGGUAGAAAAAAGAAGAGCUGAACUUGCACAGAAAAAGCGACUGGAAGAUGAGGCUGCAAGAAAAGCAAAACGGGAGAAGGAGAACCGAUGGCAGGAAAAUAUCCGCAGGGAAGAGGAAGAGAAAAAGAAGCGAUUGGAGGAAGAACGAAUGCAGGAAAAAGUUCAAGAAAAGCUGAAAGCCGAGGAAGCUCUGAUGAGAGAAAGGGAAAAUAAACAACAGCCUCAUGCAGAGGAGGAGAAAAAUAGGCAAGCCACGAUCUUGAAGGAAAUGGAACAACAAAGGCAGAGGCAACUGGAAGAAGAUAAAAGAAAGCAAGAACAAAUAGCAAAAGAAGCUGAGGAGAGGCGUAAGCAGAGCGAAGAAAUAAAGAAGGUGAAAGAAGUGACCAACUCUCAAGAGGUGGAGAAACGUACUUCUAAAUUAAACAUAAAUGAGAAGUUUGCAGAUCUGUUGAAACCAACAGAGGGUAAAAGUCUUAAGCCACCCUGGAAAAAUGAAGGCCAUGCAGUUAGUGUCUCGGAGUCUAGGAAUUCAGUUGCCUUUGUAAAUUACAGAGCAUUAUAUCCAUUUGAAGCAAGGAAUCAUGACGAGAUGAGCUUUAAUGCUGGGGAUAUAAUUCAGGUGGAUGAAAAAACUGUGGGAGAGCCUGGUUGGUUUUAUGGGAGUUUCCAAGGACAUGUUGGUUGGUUUCCAUGCAAUUACGUAGAAAAAAUACCAGAAGGAGAAAAAUGGUUAUCACCUAAGAAGGCCUUACUUCCUCCUACAGUAUCUUUAUCUACUACCUCAGCUGCUUCAGAACCACUUUCACCAAGUAAAUCUGCAGAAGAAUCUGAUUACCAGAACAUACCUUUUUCUAGCCUGAAUGUUAAUACAGCGUGGCAACAGAAAUCAGCUUUUACUCGCACUGUGUCCCCUGGAUCUGUUUCACCCAUUCACGGACAGGGGCAUCCUGUCGAGAACUUAAAAGCACAAGCACUUUGCUCUUGGACUGCAAAAAAAGAUAACCACUUGAAUUUUUCAAAAAAUGAUAUCAUUACUGUCCUGGAGCAGCAGGAAAACUGGUGGUUCGGAGAGGUACAUGGAGGAAGGGGUUGGUUCCCAAAAUCUUACGUCAAGCUCUUACCUGGGAGCGAAAUCAAGAAAGAGGAACCAGAAGCUAUUUAUGCAUCUGUAAACAAAAAGCCUAAUACACAGUCUCACGCAGCAGGAGAGGAGUAUGUUGCGCUCUACUCGUAUUCAAGCUCUGAGCCUGGCGACUUGACUUUCAUGGAAGGUGAGGAAAUCCUAGUGACCCAGAAGGAAGGGGAAUGGUGGACCGGGAGCAUCGAUGGCAGAACUGGAAUCUUCCCCUCCAAUUACGUCAGACCAAAGGAUCAAGAAGCUUCUAGUAAUGCUGGCAAAACUGGAACCAUAAAUAAGAAACCUGAAAUUGCACAGGUUACUACUGCUUAUGCUGCCUCAGGAACUGAACAGCUUAGUCUCGCUCCAGGACAGCUAAUACUUAUUCUGAAGAAAAAUGCUAGUGGUUGGUGGCAAGGAGAGUUGCAG